GGCGAAAUGAUCGAUAAUGAGCUUGCUGCUCCUUCUACUCUCAACAGCAUAUUGCUCAGAUAUCUCAGAACGACUAAGCAGCUCGAUCUACAAGCUUAAGAGCGAUACAGAUCCUGGUGAUAAAUUUGGAAAUUGUCGGUACUGAAUCUUCUCAGAAUUUUGCAAGGUCUGAAAAUCAGUGUCACCCUUCUAUGGAACUUCGAUGUCUAUCUGCUCUAAAAAGUCAGCUGAUAAUCCCAACUGUGUCGAAAAUGACCAAAAUACAUGUACAAAAUUUGAGUCGAAACUUGAAGACAAUCUGAUUUGUCCAUCUACCUGUAACUAUAAAUAAAUUUAACAUCAAAGCAAAUCAGAAAGUUCCAUUUGAAUACUCUGGAGUUGGACCUCAAGAUCUUUGCUACUACAAAAUUAAAGCUGAUGCAGAUAUUGACUUCUUUAAAGUCAAAGUUGGUGACGAUAGUUCAAAAGUGUUAUACACCCUCUUCUCUGAAGACAAAAACAAAAAGUUACAAAAAGUUAGCAGUACUCACAAAGGAACCAUCAGUGUUUAUGCCAAGUAUAAUAAGGACUUUAUCCUCCUCACAUUGCCAAAAGAGGAUAAUAACAAAAUCAAGUUUAGUCUUGAAAAUAAAGAUAAAACCAAGCACCCUGAAGAAAGCUCAAACACUUUAUUAAUCCUCUCACUCGUACUUUUGACAGUCUUGUUAGCAGCGAUCGGAGGGUCUCUAGCUUAUUUCUUUCUGUUCAGGAAAAAGGACAAAUAUGUACCACAGGUCGACACAGAUGACACUUUUGAAGGUAACACUACCACAAACAGAAGCCGGGCUGUCUCUGAGCAGUUCUUCACUCAUCGAGAUGAUUUCAAAUCUAAUGAACUCAAAACAAAAUAUAUUUUCAGUACUACCCAAUACAGACAAUUGCGUGAGAAAAUUUAUCGGUCUUUGAUAAUCCAACGUGAGAAAAGCAAAACUAAAACCAUCCAACAAGAAGACAAAGAAUUUGAAGCAGAUGUAAUUGCUAACAAUAGCGCUAGAGCUCUCUUCAAUUUCUUAAGAACCAAUGAAGCCAAUAGGAACAAAGUAGGAAGAACUUACAUUCCAUGUCUGUUCAUACCGGAUGAGUCAACUUUCUUUAACCACAAGAAGACUAGGUUUUCGAAAAUUUUGAAGAACAAAAUUUAUAAAGAUCAUGGUAUUCACAGGGCCAAGAGCUAUGUCAAUAUGAUUUUUAGAGAUAGAGACGUAGCUGAGAAAAUGGAUGAAUGAGUCUCUAAUUUUAAGAAGGGUGAAGAGACAGAUAUAAUCGCACUGGAAAUGCUCCAAGUUCCUGAGUUUCAUUACAUCCUUUCAAUGGCAAUGAUCUUCGAUGUUAUCUCUACCUUUGGAUACAAAUUAGACUUGAUUUUUACAAGAGAAUUCGAAAAAGUUGCUGCUGGAACGUACACUUUUGUUCUUGAUCAAUGAGGUUGUUAUUUGAAUCUCCUCGUGAAUGCUAUCAAUAAACACUCUGAAUUCCAUACUGGGAAGAUAAAAGAUCAUAUCACCAAGACUGAUGUUAAGCAAAUCAAAAAUUUUUCAAUGCAUGAUACUCUCUUCUCAUGCACAUUUUUCAAUACCUUCAAAGGUGACAGCUGGGAUGAAGAUAAAGGUGAAAUUAAGAUUUCAUUUGGGGACAAUCUGAAGCAGUAUGUUAAAUUUGAAAAAGUCUCAAGGAAAAUCACGACUAACCAUGAUGAUGAAACUCUUGUGAACACUUACCAGACUUUCCAAGUUUGUGAAGACAUUCAUCAAAGUCUAUUCCUUAAAGCAAUGUAG